AUGCCUGAGUCGGAUGCCGACAAAUUCAGCGAUGCUUCGGAUGCGUUGCAAAUCAACGAGGAAAUUGCAGAAAUUCGUAAAGUCAAAUUUCCCGAAUUUUGGAAAUCUCGACCGGCGCUCUGGUUCGCCCAAAUCGAGGCCCAAUUCCUCGUUCACAACAUUCGAUCCGAUCAGACCAAAUUCAAUAAACUCGUUUGUGAACUAGACUAUUCCAUUCUCGAACAAGUCGCCGAUAUCAUCGAGUCCCCACCCGAAAAAGAUCGCUACAACACGAUUAAAACACGUCUCAUCAAACAGUUUACUGAAUCCGAAGGCAAACGACUCCGAAAAUUGGUAAAUAAUGUCGAACUGGGUGAUCAAAGACCAUCCGGUUUGCUGCGCAAAAUGAAACUGCUCGCAGGAGAUAAAGUUGGAUCCGAACUGUUACAAUCGAUAUGGAUGCAACGGCUUCCCGAAAAUAUCCGCGCUAUUCUUGCCUCGAUGGACAGCACCGAUAACGACAAACUCGCUGAGAUCGCUGACAAGAUUUUAGAUGCUCGUGAACCCCAAAUCGAAUCUGUUCAGCAGCUUUCCACGAAUACUUUUAAUGAUCUAAACUCAUUGAAAGAGGAAAUCCGAUCGCUGCGUGCAGAAAUACAAAACCUCAAACGUGAUCGAAGCUCUCAAUUUCACGAAUCUCGAAAUCGUAAUCGCAGUUCGUCGCAAAGCAGACAAAAAUCGAGGUCAGCAACACGCAAUUUUCCACAAAUAUGUCGCUAUCAUCGAAAGUUCGGCACAGCAGCGAUAAAGUGCAUCAAGCCAUGCACAUAUACAAACCCGGAAAACUAG